AUGGGUUGCUGUACGAGCACCACCAGAAGCCAACCGGAGCAAAAAACCGGGUUGUUCCAGCAGAAAUUCCAGGAGAAGUCUCCGGUUCCGGUUUCCGACCAGUCUCAUGUCAGAGAUGACAGGUCUCCACCACAACCCCCAGUAGAGGAAGAAUUCGUCAAAGAGGUCCUUUCCGAAACACCCGUUGUCUCCAAGCGGCAAAACCCAAUUCCAGCAGAGGAGAAAGAGACCCAAUUUCCCAUUGAAACUAAGGGUCUGUGUCUGAUUCACGAAGCAGAAAGGGAGGAGGUGUCUGAAUUCUCUCAGAUAUCAGAGAGUUUCUCCUUAUCGACUACCACCACCACUACUAUCACAGACAAGAAAGAAGAAGACGAGGCAAUUAGUAAGAGGAGCAUAGAAAUGGGUCAAAAUGUGCUUCAAAGAGCUCAAACGAGGGGCCCCAGAAAGCGUCCAAACACCACCGAUCUCGCCAGCCGGAGAGUUAUCCCGACGAAGGGAUCGAGUGAGGUUAGAACCAGGAGGCUUGACGUAAGGACAGCCGGAGCACGUAGAAAUCCAGGCGAGGGUCCCGGCCGGAGGUCGAGGUCACCGGCGACGAGGACAACGAGUGGAGUGGGGAGGAGUCCGGGGAAGGGGACGGGAAGAACCUGUGGCCAGUCACUGGAAUCAGGGGUGCAGAGUAAGCAGGACACUGGUGCUGAAGAGGAGUUAAAGGAGGGCAAUUUGCAGCUGGGGAAUGAGUCCCUCGAGAACCCACUAGUUUCGUUAGAGUGCUUCAUCUUUCUGUAG